AUGAUUGAUGCCGGUGAUAAUAUUUUGUACUGCAUGAGUACGGCAAAGCUCGAUGGAGAAGCCAAACGUUGGUACGAGAACAAUUCAUCCUUGAAUACGUGGGAUACACUGAAAACAGCUCUGUUGGAACGAUUUACAAUACCUGACUCAUCGACGAGAGUAUUCGAACAAUUGAAAGAACGUAAACAACGAUCCAAUGAAUCUAUUACAUCUUUCUAUGACUCGAUCAUCAAGUUAUGUCAUGAUUACGAUCCAAAGAUGUCGGAGAAGAUGAUCGUGUCCUGGCUCGAAAACGGCGUAAAAGAUUCAUUGAAAGUUCCGAUCAAGCGACAGAUGAAACUAUUAGCCGAAACCGCUCGUACCACAAAAGCAUUCUUGANAGUAUUCGAACAAUUGAAAGAACGUAAACAACGAUCCAAUGAAUCUAUUACAUCUUUCUAUGACUCGAUCAUCAAGUUAUGUCAUGAUUACGAUCCAAAGAUGUCGGAGAAGAUGAUCGUGUCCUGGCUCGAAAACGGCGUAAAAGAUUCAUUGAAAGUUCCGAUCAAGCGACAGAUGAAACUAUUAGCCGAAACCGCUCGUACCACAAAAGCAUUCUUGAAAAUUGCAAAGGAUGAACAAGAAUUACAAGAGGAACAUUCGUUAGUUCCUGAUGUCACGUCAUCGUAUGUGCCGUAUUUCAGCAAUACAGUGUCAACAACGAUACCACAGCCGCGAACCACCCAACAAGCCUUCGAAUCACCGCACUCACAUGAACAGCAAGAUGAAUCAAAUAUAUCGCGCCAUCGACAACCGAACUCUUACAAGCCCACGCAGCGAUUUUGUCGAGCUUCGCCCAAUACUCGAGCCGUCACGUUACAUCAACGGAAUCUAUCGACAAAAGAUCCCAAGAAUAAACCAACUGCACUAAUGGCAAUACCUGGUCGCCAAUUAAAAAUCGGAUGGAUGUUACAAGUGCGGACAAUCGGAUCAUCGCAUCCGAAACUGUCCGGCGGUUUUCUACUAACUGGAACCCGUGAUGGUGGUGAUUCCAGUAACAUACAACAAUAUCCAUCAACCACCAACCAUACCACAACACGUACAGCAGGUCCCAUUUACAUCAACGUACAAGUCAACAACAAACGACAACACGCCAUUAUCGAUACCGGAUCUGCAAUCACCAUUAUUGAUCAGAAACUAUUGAAAACCAUUCACCACAAGAAAUUCGUUCACAAACAAAAAUUACACAAAUCAGCAAACUGUACCGCGAUUGACAUCAUUGGCGAAAUCGAACUUGAAGUAAAAGUACAAGGAUACAGGACGACAAUCGUAGCAGAUGUAGCAACGAACCUUGUAACGGAUCUUCUAUUGGGAAACGACUGGAUCCAAGCGAACAACACCAUCAUUAAUUGCCCAGACAAACAGAUCACUCUUAGCGAUCACCAUCGGCGAAUAGUUGCAACAGCACCGUUCAUUGAACUAUCGGAGACAGAAAUACCGAUAUUUUUGAUCAACGAUGUGAGCCUUCCACCAUAUUCGGAAACGUGCGUCAACGUUCAAGCCCGAUCACGAACGGAACCGAUAGCUGAAGUACUAUUCGAGCCAAUCCAACAAUUACAUUCCAAGCA